AUGGCGAAAGGUCGGAAAUUAACUACCAGCCAAAGCGAGCGUUUCUUAGGGACAUACGGUUACUCUCAGAACCAAGGUUCCACUGCCGCCGAUCCGUCGGAGCUUCGAGAAGAGGAUGUCUGGUCCACCGGCGGUGGUGAUAGCGGUGAACAUGACUUGAAUUUCCCUGAUGAGUGGGAGUCGACAAACGCUGAUACUGUUGUGAGUAACGGCGGAUCGUCGUAUCGUGACCGGGGUCGGAUUACUCAAAACGGCGACGGGAGCCGUCAAUUAGGUGGUCUGUCGCUUGCGUUUGAAGAUCCAGCGGAUAAUAUCUCCGCGACGGUGACGGCGAGGAUCGUGCAUCAGUUCCGUACGCACGAGAGUGUGGCGCCGUCGCCACGUGGACGUCAGAUGGCAACAUCGCUGCCGGUGAACGUGCCGGAUUGGAGUAAGAUACUCCGAGUUGACUCGGUUGAGUCGCUUCACGAUGAUAGUCUCGAUGACGAUGACGAUUUGGGGAUGGUUCCGCCACACGAGUACUUAGCGCGUAGCCGUAAGACGGCGGCGAAAUCGGUUUUUGAGGGUGUGGGUAGAACUUUGAAAGGUCGUGAUUUGAGCCGGGUUCGUGAUGCUGUGUGGAGUCAGACCGGGUUCGAUGGUUGA